ACCAAAGCCGACUUCAAUGCACCGUUGACAUCCUUUGACUGGAAUGAAAUCGACCCAACACUGGCAGUAACAUCAAGUAUCGAUACCACUUGUACCGUUUGGAAUGUAGAAACAAAACAAGCAAAAACGCAAUUAAUUGCUCAUGAUAAAGAAGUAUAUGAUGUCGCAUUUGCCUCAGGUACUGUGGAUGUGUUUGCCAGUGUUGGUGCCGAUGGGAGUGUGAGGAUGUUCGAUUUAAGAAAUCUAGAACAUUCCACGAUUAUUUAUGAAACUGUUAAUCCACAUCCUACAUCCGUGAAUGCUACUAAUCCAGUACCACCUUCCCCUUUACUUCGAUUAUGUUUUAACAAAAUGGAGCCUAAUUACUUGGCGACUUUCCAUAUGGAUUCCCUAGAUGUUCAAAUAUUAGAUGUAAGAGUUCCUGGUGUUCCUGUUGCAGAAUUAAGAGGUCAUUCAGCGACUGUCAAUUGUGUCAGUUGGGCACCAAAUCACACUGGGAUUCUGUGUAGUGGUGGCGACGAUUCCCAAGUUCUUGUCUGGAAUAUUAAUGGCGUGCAGAUGGGAGGUGUUGGUGCCAAACCAUAUAAUAAUGAUCCUAUCUUGUCUUAUAAAGCUGAUAACGAAAUCAGUCAGCUAAGCUGGAGUUCUAGAUACCCGGAUUGGGUAGCGAUAGGAUUUGGUAAUACCGUACAAGCUUUGAGAAUGUGA